CCACUUAGUGCAGUACGUGCGAAUAAAACGUCUUUCCUCCCUCUUUCCUUUCCUUUUACCUCGUCCCACGAAAUUAGGGUUAGGGUUUCGGAUUCCCCACCCUUCUCUUCCCUCCCCCCUGACGACUCCUACGGAUUUAAUUCAAUCGAGAUGGGUCCCUUUGCCCUCGUCAAUCUCCGCUCUCACCCGUCCUUCGGCCCCUCUUCCUCCCUCCUUCCUCGCACCUUCGCCAAUAUUUCCCCCAAACCCAACCCCGUCGAGCCCUCCUUUUCCAAGAUUUUGUCGGAAUUUGGUAUAUUGGUCGGUAUUUCGUACAAUCGAUCGAAGCUCGCAAUUAGAGGAUCUCUGGUUUGGAUCAUUCCUCGUCCCGACCGAUUCCGUCGAUUAAAGAAAGGAUUUUUUUUGUCGAUAAUUGUUUUAAAAAGGAUUGGAAUCGUGGCUUUACUAGGGAUUCCGACGAGACUUUUAUCCCCCGGUCGUGUUCCUGACGAUUCGAGGAAGCUUCGAAGCUGCUUCGCAGCAACUUAUCGUCUUGUGAUUCCAUGUAUAAUAAUGAUUUAGUCAUUUAGUUGAACCCCAACGGUUGAGAGUGUCGGUAUUAGAGUUCGAAGGGCUCUUGGGAGCUUUUGGAGCUACCUUGCUCCCUUGAUUUCCUCGUUAUGGAUCUGAAGAGGGCCUGUCCGGAGGAAAGGGAGGACGACGGAGGAUCUCUUGUUAAGGAUGCAAAGCGACGGCGAACAUUUCUUAACAGUUCAAUGAGGGAAGUAAUGGGGGCAAAUUAUAUACAGCGGCAUUUGUCAAAGCUGGAGCCUUUUCUUCGCAAAGUGGUGCAAGAAGAGGUGCAAGAUGCUCUGUACCGAUAUGUACUCUUAGCUCCAAGACUGCCCCUAAACCAGAUCCCGGCCACUGCCAGCCGGCGAUAUCAGCUGCAUUUCAAAACUAGUGUGCCUGAGACACUGUUCACAGGAAGCAGAAUAGAAGCUGAAGGCAGAAAGCCUGUUGAAAUUGUCAUCAUCGAUUCUGAAUCAAACAAGAUUAUAACAUCUGGCCCACUAUCUGCAAUCAAGAUUGAAAUUCUUGUUCUUGAUGGUGAUUUUGGUGCUGAUGGGAAACUUGAAUGGACCGAAAAGGAGUUUGGUGACAAUAUAGUACGUGAAAGGGAGGGUAAAAGACCAUUACUGACAGGGGACCUGACAAUUACUCUGAGCAGUGGAGUUGGUCAUCUUGGUGAUGUCACUUUCACUGACAACUCCAGUUGGAUAAGAAGCCGAAGGUUCAGGCUUGGUGUGAGGGUUUCUCCAAGCAGAUGCACUGCAGCAAGAGUUCAAGAAGCAAUAAGUAGAGCUUUUUUGGUGAAGGAUCACCGUGGAGAAUUGUAUAAAAAGCAUCAUCCUCCUUUUCUUGGGGAUGAUGUGUGGCGUCUGGAGAAGAUAGGUAAAGAUGGUGUUUUCCAUAAAAAGCUUGCUGACAAUGGGAUCAACACUGUCCAAGACUUCUUGAGGAACUUGGUUAUGGAUCAAGACAGACUACGUAGUUUCCUUGGAAGUGGGAUGUCAAACAAGAUGUGGGAUGCAACAAUUGAACAUGCUUGGGAAUUCGUUCCAGAUGACAAGAUUUACUCGUACUGCAAUGGACAGGGAAUUGUGCUUCUGUUUGACUCUGUGUAUCGGCCUAUAGGGGCAAUUCUUCACCAUAAUUUAUACCAGUUAGAUGAACUUCCUGCAACUCAUAAAGCCGUGGUGAACAAAUUAAAACAAGAUGCAUAUAGAUUUCCAAACCAUAUACUCGAGCAUCGUGAACAACUGCUUGACAAUCGAACCAGACUGUUACCUACCAUCGAUGCUGCGACCGUUCCAGAAGCAAGCAUGUUGAACCAACAGAUUCCCAACCUCCCUGCCACAAAUCAAGAUCAACCUGCUGAUCAAGUGGGCCUUCUGCAACCCCCUAGCCCACCAGGAAAUGAAUUCUUUGAAGAUCCAUCCCCAUUUACUUCUGGGCAAUUUACUCAUAUGUUUCAACGGCUUGACUCCUUGCCACCAAACGUGAGGGAUUUCUGCGAUAUGCCAUGUGGCAAUUUCCAGAUAAGUGGAUCAGCUGGGCCUGGCAUAACAAGCGAGCACAUGAUGGGAUAUGCUCGGGAGGUCGGUAUGUUGAGCUCUUCGCCCAGUCCCUUGCUUUGGGAUCAGAGUAAUAAUCUCUCAAUUCAGACAUCAAGUGGCGAAACAAGUAGAAGCUGUGCAGCUCAGAUGGCUACUGUUGGUUCUCCCAUUUUAUCAAGCAAAUGGAUUAAGGUAAUAGCAGCUCUGAAAUGGUUAGCAAUUUCCAGGCGCAGUGCCAGAAGGGCAAAGACUCUGGAUAUCAAUUACCAAGCAGCAACUUUAGGCACGUGGAUUGAUGCGCGUGGAAGAGGCUGGUGAGGCGCAUUGGCAAGUUGAUGCAAUGCAAAACACUUGACGUCGGUCUCGAUAGCUUUAAACCACGCAUGAAAUCGAGCCGAAGCAGAGGGAGUCAGUGGCCCUCCUGCAAAGAAACCUUUCUUAGAACUGUUGUCAUGUGGCCGUAAAUUAAUUUUGUAACAUGUUUAGUUUCUGUAUAUCGGAUAACCGUAGCGCUGGGUGGUAGUAGUUUCAGCUUCUGACUGUUUUUGUAUCUGCACAUAAGUUGUGUGCGCCAUUCGGUAUCUUUAUAUUUAAUUGCUUCUCUUUGUCAGCA